AUGCAAAGCACGCAGUGUAAGAGAAAGCAACGCUGCCGGUGGAUACAGGUGUGAUCCAUCUCAUUUAAUCAGAACUGACAUAGCCUGCUCUUCUUGUGCAUUGAGCCCGUAACUAGAGGCAGCUGAACUCAUUUCAAUCACGAGCAAAUUGCCCAAGCAGACUAUAGUUCCCAUGAGGCCGCUCUGCAUUUCCAUAAGGGAACUGAGCAGGAACAGGUAGCGCAGAGCCCUUUGGGAAUUGUAGUUCAAUGGGUCUAACCAGGGCAUAGGUAGAAGAGUGUGGCAAGACUUUAAAAGCGGCAAGCGGCGUUGCUCUUAGAAGAAAAAUUGUGUGUGCUCUGACUGGAAGUUAUUCCUUUCAGAACAUUCCAGAGAAAAGAAAUUCUAUGUUACUUCUCUAAAUCAAGAGCCGUUGGAACUCUGGAAAGUAAGAAAUCAAUUUUAAAAAAACAACCUGGUGCUGAAAUCAUGGCUAGCGGCAGUCCUUGGACGAGACUUCAGGAAGAAGCCACUUGCUCGAUUUGCUGGAAAUAUUACAACAAUCCGAGCAUCUUGGACUGCGGACACAGUUUCUGUGCGGCCUGUAUUUCCCAGUGCUGGAAGGAGUUUCCUGACCACACUGUCUGCCCCAAGUGCAGAAUAACUGUAGAGAGAAAGAACUGUCGCCUGAACACCCGGCUGGCCAAUGUCGUUGAGAUAGCCAAGCAGCUGAGCAGUCAGGUGAAGGAAGGAGGAGAAAGGUCGAAGGUCUGUGAGAAGCAUCCCUCCAGAACUGUCUUCUGUGUGCCAGACCAAAUAAUCUUCUGCCAGAUGUGUGAGGGAUCUGAGCAGCACAGAGAUCACCCUGUGGCUUCUGUGGAGGGAGCUAGCAAGAUGUAUGAGGAUUGUUAUUCUGGAUAUAUUAAGCUGCUAAAGAAGAAGCGGGCUGACAUAGUGAAGGAUAGAUUCUGCAUUCUAGAGUGGAGUGAAACCCUGAAGAAAAAAUUCAUUAUAGAGCAACAAACGAUAGCUGCUGAGUUCAAGAAUUUGCACGAUUUCCUGAGAAACCAAGAAAACCACCUACUGAAAUAUUUAAAGUCUAUGUCCAGGGAGAUAACUGAUAAAAAGAACUGUGACUUGGCUCAUCUCUGUCUAGAUUUCUUCACAGUUGAGAAUAACAUCCGGCUAAUGGAGGAAAAAGUUUCCCAACCGGGGCUUGAAUUCCUGCGGGAUGCUACGAUGACCUUUAAAAGAUGUCAGAUGAGAAAAAGAUUGCCAACCGUAGAAAAUAUCUCAGUGCUUUUGAAAUGGGGUUUUUGGGAACUGACAGAAAUUAGUGCUGUGGUGAAGGGUGUAGCAAGCUACUUCACAGAUUUUCUACAACAUGCAUGCUCUGUGGAAAAAGCUAGUGUGACCUUGGACAGAACUUCAAAUCAUCCCCAACUCCUUGUGUCCCCUAAUGGUAAAAGCGUGAAAUGGAGACCUGUGGCGGCACAGCAUCCCACCUUGCACAGAAGAUUUAACAUGCUUAGUUGGGUGCUGGGGUGUCAGGAGUUCACAGUCGGAUGCCAUCACUGGGAUGUCAUUGUGAAAGGCAGGGGGGAAUGGGCUGUGGGGGUUGCCAAAAGCUCUGUGAGGAGGAAGGGCUUCUUUCACCUCUAUGCCACGGAAGGAGUCUUUGUUGUGGGGAAGCUGGACCAGUACAGGAUCAUCAACAUCCCACAGUCACCUUUUCUGCAGCUGGACGGAGAGCUCAGGUGGAUCCGGGUGUAUCUGAACUGCUCUGGGGGGCAAGUGAACUUUUACGACGUGGCAAGAGCCACAAGGAUCCAUGGGUUCACUGAAAUCAGCUGCUUCCAAGAGACCUUCCUCCCCUUCUUCUACCUAAAAGGACAAGCCCAACUCACUCUUAUUGAGUAGGGCAGCAGCAGCCUCUGGGCCGUAGCUUUUCCCAUAGCCCUGCAGUUCUGGUUUGCUUUCCCCUCUACUUCCAUCAGCUGCGAGGAAAGCACAGACUUUGUUGCUUGGUGCUGCUUCCUGAGGAGUCCAGUGUGACUGAGGGAAAAUUGUAAUACCCAAGAUGGCUGCUUGCUUGAACAAAAUCCCUUGGCAAAUGAGGACAUAAGGAUGGUAUUUUUAAAUGAAGAAUUCUGGCUACCUCAGUCAGAUGAGUCUUCUGAGGGGUGUGGGUGGGUAGCGGGGCAUGCCUAUUCACUUUUGGAAGAUUUGUAGGCUGCAGUUAAGCUGCCACAGCUGUGCUGUUUUUAAAUAAAAUCUUUGUGCUCUUUUGGGUAA